CUUAAAAUGAAACGUCGCCGUUUCGAGGUAAUACAUAUACCCUCGCCUCCUCGCUCCAUUCUCAUCGUCUUCUCCGGUCGCCGCCCCGCCGCCGCAACGCAACACGGCAACACCCAUUAGUCCAUCGCCACUUCGAAAUUAUUCUGGGAACAAGUAAAAAUCUAUAGGCUUCUCAGAGUUGGAUCUUCUCUAGAUCGAAGAGAAAAUUUGGGUUAAUGGCGAAUUGGGUUCUGAUCACAGUCAUAUCGCUAGUACUUACCCCUGUGCUGCGGCUUGCCGUAAUCGUGCUCGGUGGGCGGCGGAACAGGAAGAAAGCCGUUGGAUUCUUCCACCCUUACACCAAUGACGGCGGCGGUGGAGAGCGAGUCCUCUGGUGUGCUGUAAAGGCUAUCCAAGACGAACGCCCUGAUCUCAACUGCGUAAUUUACACCGGUGAUCAUGAUGCUACUCCCCAAACUCUCAACGCUCGCGCCUUUGACCGAUUUGGUGUCAAAUUGCUUCACCAUCCUCAGGUGGUCCAUCUAUAUAAGAGAAAGUGGAUUGAAGAAACUACGUACCCUCGAUUUACAAUGAUUGGUCAAAGCUUUGGUUCCAUCUAUCUUUCAUGGGAAGCUUUAUCCAAGUUCACUCCUCUGUUCUAUCUUGAUACGAGUGGAUAUGCUUUUACCUAUCCUGUUGCCCGGAUUUUUGGCUGCAAAGUUAUGUGCUAUACACAUUAUCCUACAAUUAGUUUGGAUAUGCUGUCACGUGUUCAUUCUCGGAGCUCUAUGUACAACAAUGAUGCCUUGAUUGCUAAGAGUGCCUUAUUGUCCUGGUGCAAAGUCAUUUAUUAUACUAUUUUUAGCUGGAUGUAUGGUUUUGUUGGUUCCUGCUCACAUCUUGCAAUGGUCAAUUCCUCAUGGACACAAUCUCAUAUUGAAAAGCUCUGGGGAAUAUCAUCUCGUACUAGGAGGGUGUAUCCUCCUUGUGAUACUUCUGGGCUUCAGGUGCUCCCUCUUGAAAGGGCAAUGGAUCCUCCUAAAAUUAUAUCUGUAGCUCAAUUUCGUCCAGAGAAGGCUCACCCUCUCCAACUGGAGGCAUUAGCUGUUGCCAUCAAAAAGUUAGAACCAGGCCUACCAAAGCCCAAGCUCCAACUUGUGGGUAGUUGCAGAAAUGAAGCAGAUGAGAAAAGACUUCAAAAUUUGAAGGACCUGGCUAAAAAAUUAAACGUGGAAAAUGAUGUGGAGUUCCACAAGAACGUGAUGUACAGUGAUCUGGUGAGGCUUUUAGGCGGUGCGGUUGCUGGUAUACAUUCCAUGAUAGAUGAGCACUUUGGCAUAUGCAUUGUGGAGUACAUGGCUGCAGGCGCCAUACCGAUUGCUAAUAAAUCUGCUGGGCCAAAGAUGGACAUUGUAUUACCUCAAGAUGGAAAGCAGACUGGGUUUUUGGCACAAGAUGUGCUAGAAUAUGCGAGUGCCAUCAUUGAAAUCGUUAAGAUGUCGAGUUCACAAAGGCUGGAGAUGGCUGCAGCUGCAAGGAGGCGAGCUUCUUUGUUCUCAGAGCAAAGAUUUUAUGAUGAUUUUAAAGCUGCAGUUGGACCAAUCUUGCUCCAUAGAUAGGUCCUAGUCGUCAGACAUUUGUUCUUAAAUAGAGUUGGAAACAAUAAAUUAUGUAAACAAC